AUGGCUAUCGGAAAGAUCAUCUUCUAUGAGGACAGAAACUUUCAGGGGCGCUAUCAUGAGUGCAACAGCGACUCUGCAGACCUGCACCCCUACUUUACCCAAUGCAACUCUAUCAGGGUAGAAAGUGGGUGCUUCAUGGUGUAUGAGCACCCAAAUUAUAUGGGACAGCAGUUCUUCCUGCGAAGGGGUGACUAUUCGGACUGCCAGCGUAUGAUUGGGUUUAGCAACAGCAUCAGAUCAUGCCGUUUGAUCCCCAUGUAUAAUGGCAACUACAGAAUGAGGCUAUAUGACCAGGCUGAUAUGGGAGGUCAAAUGAUGGAAGUCACUGAAGACUGCCCUAACAUCAUGGAUCGCUUCCAUACAUCUGACAUCCAUUCCUGCCAAGUGAUGGACGGCCACUGGCUCCUAUAUGAGCAGCCCAACUACAGGGGACGAAUGUAUUACCUUGGACCAGGUGAAUACAGGAAGUACAGCGACUGGGGUGGAAUGGCCCCAAGAAUUGGAUCUCUCAGGAGAAUAACCUCUUUUAACUAG